CCUACCUCCCAUCUUAGGUCAGGCUCACUUUAGCAUUUUGUAACAAGCGUUCCGGCUCGGGAAUGGGAGGAAGCUGAGACCCGCGACCACCGCCGCCCUCCGCACUCGCUGCCCCCUCAAAUGCUAGGGUUUGUCAAACCCUCUUCCAGGAAUCUCCUCCGCUUUCUCUUGAUACCUUCUUCCUCAUCCUUCAUUCACUCUGCCCCCGUGCCCGCCGUCUCGCGAGCAGGCGGUGGCUUGGUACCCCUCGGCUUCCCACCACAACCUAAUUUGCCGUUUUUUCUCGAUAACACCGAGUCCCACUUCAUUAUAUCCUCCUUUUCCGAUUGGUUCCGCCGCGGCUACGAUCCUCUUCCUCACCUGUUGGACGAAAUCUACAGUGUUUUCGCCCGAUCGGACGAUAGUUCAGUAAUCAAUGCCACCAUCUCCCGUCUCCGUCUACGCCUCUCUGAAGACUUCGUCCUCCGUUUCCUUCGCCACCGUCCCCAUCCUUCGGCGGUUCCUCCUUCCGCUGAUGCCUCAAGCUCUCUCCUACAGCUCCGAAUCCGCUUUUUCGAAUGGUGCAGCCGUCAGCCUGGCUACUUCCAUUCCCGCUCCGUCUACCAUGCCCUCUUCCGCCUCCUCCAUCGGCACCGCCACGUUUCUUUCGUCAUGGAAUGUCUUCGUCGCUUCUCCGACACUGGCUACAUUUCACUCUCUUUUGAUGCUGACGCAGCUGCUUCCAGUGGCAGCAAAGGUCAUCCAAGAUUCUACCAGGCUCUAGUCAUCGGCUACGCUGUAACUGGAUCCGCAGAACGCGCCCUUCAGCUGUUUGCCCGAAUGCGAUACAAUGGCGCCGACCUCGACGACUUUUGCUACCAUGUCCUACUUAACUCUCUUGUCGAGGAAUCCCUAUUUGACUUCGCCGAUUCUAUUUUUACCCAGAUUGACUCUCGCGGUCUUGCCGGGCCCGUGACGGCUUGCAUACGCGUCAAGCGGCUCUGCCGCCAGGGCCGGCUGGAUGAUGCCGCAGCUUAUCUGCGCAAGCUAUAUCAAUGCGACCACCGGGUGGUUGCCGACCGCACCGUCGGAACACUUGUUCAAGCUUUAUGCAAGGCUGGGCGGGUUGAAUGUGCCAGUCAGUUUGUUGACGAGUUCAGCAAUGCAGAGGCCUAUGGCGCAUGGAUAAGCCACCUUCUUGCAGUCGGGAAGAUUGAUGCAGCCAUGGAGUUUUUGAGAAAGAAGAAAGAUACAGAUACUGAUCGGCACUUACUCGAAACCUUCCAGUACAACCAGCUUAUUCAGCGGUUGCUAAGGCAGAACUUGCUUGAGGAAGUUUGCGAUCUCCUUGUGGAGAUGAUGGAGGAAGGUAUUUCCCCGGAUCAGCACACCAUGGACGCAGCAUUAUGCUUUUUCUGCAAAGCGGGAAUGGUUGAUGUGGCAAUCGAGCUUUACAAUCUGAAGAUGGAGAUUGGAGUGGCACCAAAGAGAAUUGUCUACAACCAUCUGAUCAAAGCCCUCUGUAAAGAUGGAAAUGUGGAAGAGGUUCUGAGAGUGUUAGAGGAUUGCAUGAACCAGGGUUACUUUCCUGGAAAUCAGACCUUUACUCGCCUUGCCAAUAUCCUCCUCAGACAGGGCAAGCUUGAGAAGCUUCGUAGUCUACUUUCAGAAGCUCUGAAAAGGAAAUUAAGGUCAACCGCCCAUAUCCAUUCUCGCUAUGUAUCUGCUCUGUGCAAGAUUGGUGCCGUUAAGGAAGCUUACUCCGAGCUCUUGACUACUGAUGGAGUCAAUGCAGGUGUUAUUAUGUACAAAUCCACCUGUUGCAACUUGAUUCGGGCUUUCAUAAAGUUGAGGAUGAUGCAGUUUCCUCCUGGAUUACUUAUUCAGAUGCAAGCCCUUGGUUUUAUGCCAGGAAGACGCCUUUACAGGGAAGUGGUUUGUAGUUUGUGUGAGAUGGAAAUGUUUGAUGUGGUUUUUGAUUUACUGAACAAACAGUUGGAAAUUAAGCAAUUUGAUCCUAGAACUUGCUACAAUUACAUCAUUGAUGGUGCUGCACACUCCAAGAAACCUGAGAUGGCAAUGGAAGUGUAUAACAGGAUGGUAAGUGCAGGAAUAGAGCCCAAUUUAUGUACAGAUAUUCUAAUUUUACGUUGCUAUAUGAAAAGCAGUCGUUUUGGAGAUGCUUUCUCUUUCUUUCGCCUUUUAAAGAAGAAACAUUUGCUGAGCAGGAAGCUGUAUAAUGUUUUCAUUCAUGGCCUCUGUGAGGCUGGAAGGUCUGAGCAUGCUGUGGAGAUAUGGAGGGAGAUGAGAGAAAAGGGACUGUUACCGAGCCUUCAAUGCUACGAGGAGCUUGUCCGUACUUUGUGUUCUUCCAACAGUUAUAAUGUUGUGACUCGAGUUAUCAUUGAUUUCAAGGAAAGUGGAUAUCAGGUUUCUUCCUUCAUUUCCAAUGUGCUCCUGUUGCAUGUUUUGAAGGGCGAGAAACUCCUGAAGGCUUGGGAUCAAUCAAGCAUGGCGGGGGAUGCAAAUUCAGGAGUUCUUGAUCAACAAAUUAGGUGUUCAGUAGAUUUGAUUCUCGGAGGCCUUAUUAAAGAAUUUGCAAAUGGCCUUAGGAUGAAGGAGAACUUUGAAAAGUUUGAUGAAGUGAUUGAACAGCACUUUCCAGUUGAUAUUUAUACAUAUAAUGUGUUAUUAAGGGGAUCAUUUUUGUCAGGGAAAAUGGAUUUUGCGUGCAAUUUGUUUCGUAGGAUACAAGAUAAGGGCUAUGAACCGAAUCGGUGGACCUAUGACAUUAUGGUGCAUGGUUUUUGCAAACUUGGCUAUAGGAAAUAUGCUGAGAAGUGGCUGGAGGAGAUGUCUCGGAAUGGGUACCAGCCAACAUGGUAUACAUUGAGUUUAUUCAACAAUACGUCGUAGGAAGUGGCGAUUGUUUUGGCAUAAUAUUAUUCUUCAACUUCUUCCUGAUGACCAGUUCCCCUUCCAUUCAUGAAGUUAAAGCCUGCAUCACAGCUAAACAGGCAAUUUGCAAAUCCUCUUCUAAAAUUGACAUGAAAGCGGCGCACUUUCUUGAUGAAGUAUCUGGAAAUGUUACAUUUCUGACCUCUCAAGCCACUUUGAUAAGGUCACAUGAUUGAACCAAUUUACAUAUCCUCCCCUUGGUUUCAGUUCAUGGGCUUAAAGGUAAGAAGCAGAAUGUCCUUUGUACACAUCACAUGCCAGUAAUUUAAUCAGGAGCACAUAGGAAUUUUUUCUUAUACAAAUCAUCUUUGAAUGUUAUAGGCAAUUCCGAAUAUUUAUAAUAUACCAUUGCUUUAAUUGCAUUGAUUAUUGCCUUAGCAAGGUUCCGACUUUUAGAGCCUGAGCAAGGUUUUUCGUUAAGAUGAUGGCCUUGCGGUUUUGCUUGUCAAUGAUUGCACCUCUAGACUUCAGAGGGGCACAUAAAUGGGAUUGUGAUGUUUUCCUCAUCAAAUGUUAGUGGCUUGAGAUCAGAUUUUGAGGCCAUCAUUCAAUUAUUGAUUGUAUGUAUAUUGCACACAUUUCAAGGCAUCUGUGACUUUGAGAUUCAUUUUGAAUUAAAUUUUGGUUAGAAUAUUUUGAUCCAGAAAUUUUCUAAUGGUAAUAUGUAAGUCAGGAAAUUGUGUACUAUCAAUUGUCUGCACUAGUCAAAAGAGU